AUGGACACUGAAGCGCGCCAAUCCACAGUGAAAUCACAGAAGCUCGGCCGAAAAAGGAAAGCAGUACAAAGCUUGGCAUCACCUUUUAUCGUCGCCACCAACCAGGACACGAUUAAGCCCGAUGCAACAUCCAGAAUGUUGAUUCGUCAUCAUGUGAUGAAAGGCAAAAAUCGAAAAGACGUCUCAUCGCAGAGGGCUACUCUCCGGUCAUGGGUUAACCAGGGGCGUGAAUUCCCGUUGCCACAGCAGACUGCAACGAAAUGGCUGCGAGGAGGCUGCUUAGCGAACCCCCUCAGGCUUCAGAUAAAUGACCCAGGCCUUCCUAUCACGGGGCUCAAAUUUAAUAUUGAACCAUGCAUAGUACAAGUUAUACACGACUUCAUUUCUGUUAUGACCAGAGCAAUGUACCCGGCCCAAUGCUGUGUCAACUCAGUGAACGAAGAGAACGAUUGGUUUGAGGAUUUAAGUAAUGAUGCAACAUAUUUCCAAGUCGUCUCGCAUACUGCCCAAAUCUAUUUUGACACUGUAAAGAGUCGAAUAUAUGGGCUGAACGCGAUGAGAUAUAUGAAUAGAGCCAUGUUUCUACUUCGAAAUAAGCUAGUAUAUGGCAAUGAAGCAAUAGCUAACUCCACUAUUUUUACUAUAUUGACGAUUGCCAUGGCUUCGGAAAUUUUUGGUGAUCUCGAGGCGGCAAAGAAGCACCUCAAUGGUUUAUACCAGGUGCUACACGCUCGUGGUGGCAUAGGAACACUCGCUAAUAGCCGUUCACUUCAAUUCAAAUGCUUCAGACUUGAUCUCAGAAUCUCCCUUAAGAGUGGAUCCAUUCCACUUUUCCUCACCAGAGAUAAUAUUUCGUGGAAUACUUAUCUCGCUGGUCCUGAUAAAUUAUCCACUACCCCUAUACAGACCACAUGCAAAAUGCCAGAUAUACGAUUGGUAAAUGUGUGGAUUGACCUACGCGAAUUCGUAAAAGCAAUCAACCUCGCCCACCAAACCGGGCGUAACCUCUCUACAGAGCUCUUUCAAGAGGCUCUUAUUUCGCUCCAGUACCGGCUUCAAUGCUUGGCCUACAGUAUCCAAGAUCUACAAGAGAAUUUCCGGCUUUCCAUGCUUGCUCUUUCAACAAGUAUGUUCCUGGAGAAGGAUGGGCUUGAAUUGCGAUGCACCGCUUUGGCCAAAGAAUUGAGAACAGCGUUACAGUUGAUGGAGUGCGAUGUCAAUAAUUAUGGGUUGAAGUUGACUCUCUGGCUUCUUGUCGUCGGUAGAGUCUCGGUGCUUGAUUCUCCAGAAGACUCGUGUUGGUUAAAGGCUAAACUAUCCACCACUAUCCAAGCAUUGGGAUUAGCAAGUUGGAAAGAAGCCAGAUUGGUCUUGAAGACUUUCAUAUGGAUGGAUGCGAUGCAUGAUGAGCCAGGGAAGAUAAUAUUUGACGAUGCAAUGUGCUCCAAAAAUAAUCAAAUUUGA